AAAGAGAGCGGUAUCCUCCAGCCACCAUGGACACUUUUUUCCGACGGCAUUUUAAGAGAAAGGAAGCAGGAGACGGUGUGCAUGAUGACACCUGUCGGCAUCGGAGGCCGAGCAUUGCAGUGCCAACCAGCCGUGCACGACGGCGCUCCAGUGUCGGCCUCCCAUCCAGUGCAUUAACCCAGCGGCGCCGAUCCAGCGUCCAACUUCAGGCAUUGCCCCGAAUCAACAGCAGUCAACCUGUACACCAAAAGGGCAGUGGUAGGCGUAGGUCAAGCACCACCACGCUGAAAGCCAAUCCUCGAUUUGCUGUGCGGCGUAAGAAAGUAGGCAAGCUCCGCAAUAUAGACACACACCUCCUAGGCCCAUCCAUGCUGCUAGCCAGUCUGAUCCAAAUGACGCAAGAAGAGGAAGAUGACGAAGAAGGCCGCAGUCCGCUCCCAGGGCAAGUGGAGCUCAAGGGAAGCAGCCCGAAGUUCAGGAGUCACACAGACGUUCUGCUUUCUGAGGGAGACAGUGAUAGUGACGACUCCAGCGAGCAUUCAGAGGAACGUCAAUACUCAAGGAUACGCAAAGAGUGCCUGGAGGAGGCUGAUGGGUCAGACUGGGGGAUCAAGGAGUCUGGUGUUUUAUGCCAGCAGGACUGCCUUCCUCUGUCUGUGGUGGCGGAGCGAGUCCAGGCCCACCCGCUGAUUCGAGUCCCGCGCUGCCUCAGGAGGAACUCGUCUCAUUAUGGCCACGCCGAGCCAGGACCGCAUGUCCGCUACUGCCGCAGCAGCCAAAGGAGGCGUCGUAGGAGGGUCUCCACAAUCUCCAAAGCAGGAAGCCCAUGGCCUGGAAGAGGUCUGCCGCUGCCUAACCGAAGAAGCUCCUGCUACAGGGGUCCGGCGACUCUCAAUCCUCUCUUAGGGGCUUAUUAUGACCCCCGGAUGGAGUCCUGGAGUGGAUUCCUGUCGAAAGCCAUCGCCAAAGCUGGUGUGCAGGAUAAUGCUGCUCAAUCCGGCACAGUAAUACCUGCUAAAAGUGAACCCAAAAAAGACAUAUGCAACACCGUGGAUUGGACUGAAAAUGCCCAGUUGGGUCAACACGUGUGGUUUGAGACCAGUCCGGCUGGAGAUUUCUGUUAUGUGGGAGAGUCAAACUGUUUCGCAAAGUCCCAGCAAAAGUCUCUUCCUCGCCACAAAUGUGCAUCUUGCAAAAUUUCAGUUCACACAGACUGCAUGAAUCAGCUUGACAAGAUUAACUUCAGGUGUAAACCAACUUUUAAAGAUCCAGCGAUGAAAAAUGUCAGAGAAACUCCAAAUAUGAGACAUCACUGGGUCCACAGGAGAAGGCAAGACGGAAAAUGCCGGCAAUGUGGAAAGGGUUUCCAGCAGAAAUUCUCCUUCCACAACAAAGACAUCGUGGCCAUCAGCUGCUCAUGGUGUAAACAGGCUUAUCACAACAAGGUGAGCUGUUUCAUGAUGCAGAAAAUUGAGGAGCAGUGUUCCCUCGGCGCACACGCGGCUGUGAUCAUCCCUCCAACCUGGAUCAUCAGAAUCCGCAGGCAGCCGGCAUCAUUGAAGAGCAGUAAAAGAAAGAAGAAAACGUCCCUGAAGGCCAAACCCAGCAAGAAAUCAGAGCAGGACAGCAAAUGGAGGAACUUUGUGGUGAGAGCGAUUCCUUCUCAGCACAUGAAGCCUCUGCUGGUGUUCGUCAAUCCGAAGAGUGGCGGAAACCAGGGAACGAAAAUCAUCCGCUCUUUCAUGUGGUACCUGAACCCCCGGCAAGUGUUCGACCUGACUCGGGGAGGUCCGAGAGAGGGGUUAGAAAUGUACAGCAAAGUACCCAACCUGCGCAUCCUCGUUUGUGGUGGCGACGGAACGGUUGGCUGGAUUCUCUCAGUGCUUGAUGAGCUUCAGUUGAACCCUCAACCUGCUGUGGCCGUUCUUCCCCUCGGGACAGGAAAUGACCUGGCCAGAACCCUCAACUGGGGCGGGGGCUACACAGAUGAACCGGUAUCCAAGAUCUUGUCCCACGUUGAAGACGGCAACAUCGUCCAGCUGGAUCGAUGGAAUCUGAGCGUUGAAGCUAAUUUAGAGGCCAGUGAUGAGGAUAAAGAUGAACAACAGACCGACAAGCUUCCCAUUGACGUCUUCAACAAUUACUUCAGCCUUGGGUUUGACGCGCAUGUGACUUUGGAGUUUCACGAAUCUCGAGAGGCUAAACCAGAACGCUUCAACAGUCGACUUCGCAAUAAGAUGUUUUACGCAGGGACAGCAUUCUCAGACUUCCUGAUGGGCAGCUCUAAAGAUCUGUCCAAACACAUCAAGGUUGUGUGUGACGGUACUGACCUCACCAGUAAAAUUCAGGAUAUGAAAGUGCUGUGCCUGCUGUUCCUCAACAUCCCCAGAUAUUGCGCUGGUACCAUGCCAUGGGGGAACCCAAGUGAGAACAAUGACUUUGGGCCACAGAAACACGACGACGGGCUUAUUGAGGUCAUCGGCUUCACCAUGACCUCUCUGGCAACUCUGCAGGUUGGAGGACAUGGCGAAAGGCUUCAUCAGUGUAAGGAGGUGACCUUGACCACUUUUAAGCCCAUUCCUGUGCAGGUGGAUGGGGAACCCUGUAGACUGGCUCCAUCCGUCAUACAUAUCACCCGAAGAAACCAAGCCAACAUGCUGCAGAAAACCAAGAGGAGGAUCUCUCUACCACAACUGUAUGAUCAGCAGCCCAUCGCAGAGACCGUGCAGAUCCAAGUGAACCGUAUCAGUAUGCAUGAUUAUGAAGUUCUCCAUUACGAUAAGGAGCAGCUCAAAGAGGCCGCGAUUCCCAUGGGGAUAAUUACAGUUCCUGGGAACAGCGAUUUGGAGACGUGUCGGCAGCAUAUCGAGAGGUUGCAUGAGGAGGGGGAUGGGAUGAAUAUGGACACACUGCACAUGCCAAAGCUUUCACCAAAAUGGUGCUUCCUGGACUGUACGACUGCAGAUCGUUUCUACCGAAUAGAUCGUGGUCAGGAGCAUCUAAACUAUGUGUCGGAGAUCUCCCAGGAUGAGCUUUUCAUCUUGGACCCGGAGCUGGUCACCAAGGAGACGGUGGGCACGUCGCCCGGAAUGCCGGGGGCGAUGGAAACGGUUGUUGGGGGAUGUGGAUGUUCCAACAGCACAGACCAGUUCGCUUUUCCUGCCUGCUCUCCUGGGCCUUCUCCACUGUGCAGGGUUCAUGAAACACUUGCUGAAGGCCAACUGGAAAGUGUGAGUCCAGAAAUCGACAUGCAUGUGCAAAGUGAUCCAGGAAGUCCAACAAAUCUAGGCGUGUACAGGGUUCAUGAAACACAUGCUGAACACCAACUGGAAAGCUUGAGUCCAGAAAGCGACUCUCAUGUGCAAAGUGAUCCAGGAAGUCCCACAAAAUCAGGCCUGUACAGGAGGGGAGCAAAAAGUAAGAUUUCGAGUCGUUCAAACACACUUGAGGAGGACUCAGUGAAUGUGCAAAGGUUAGACACGGUCUGGAAUAAGAGUGAUCAAGAUUCAACCAAUUUGCUCUUUGACACUGUGAAGUCUGGCAACUUGGAAAAGUUGGAACGGAUGCAUGAAGAGGGAGCAGAUCUCUUGGUCCAGGACCAUUCAGGCUGCACCAUCCUCCAUCAGGCAGUCAUUUUAGGCCACAAAGAGAUUGUGAAGUUUCUCACUGAAAAUGCUCCUGCCUGCAUACUGGAUGUGACGGAGAAAUCAACAGGAGAGACGGCUCUGCAUAAGGCAGCUGCGUUGUGCCAUAGAACAAUUUGCUGUUAUCUGGUUGAUGCUGGCGCGUCACUCAUGAAGACAGAUCUACAGGGUGAAACUCCAAAGAUAUACGCAGAGAGAACUGGAGACUACGAGCUGGCCGAAUAUUUGGAAAACCAACAGCACCACCAGAUGAUCCAGAGAGACGACCAUGAGACGGCGGUGUGACGGGACAUCUAUUCCGUCCACCACUAAAACCACAGGGCUCAAUGGUGGCCAGUUUGAUCCAGUAUAUGGCCACAUGUUAGCAAUGAUACGUGGCAGCAUGUGUGCUGGAAAUUUCCAUGUUCGCUCUCUGUAUUGAUCGUAACGCUAAACAAGACAGUGUUUGAGUCAUGUUUCUGAACGCAUGAGUCCCGUCCUGAUGCAAAACUGCACCGCUCUGCACAAAUAAGAGGAAUUGAGGAAUUUCAGGGCUGAAACACCAGGUUUAAAAGGAAACUACUAUUGUUAUUAUCAGGGCUGGGCCAAUAAACUAUAUUACAUCGUAUCGCGAUAAUAUUUGUGUCAAUAACAAUGAUAGCUCUUGACUUUUUUACUCUAUAUUGAUCUAAGAGCCAAUCACACAGCAGAAAUGUGCAUCGAUAUUAGAGAUAGGCAUGAACCGGUAUAAGACUCUGACAGUAUGAUAACCUUGGAUAAAAAUAUCACGAUUUCACAGUAUCACGGUGUUGUGAUUACUGCUCUAAAUAUACAUAUUUUUUAAAUGUCUGGGUAAAAAAACUAAAACUUUUCCCCCCUUGAACACAAUAUAGUUUAUUUUUUGAAAGAUUUCUAAUAUUUUGGAGCAGUAAACAUGUCAGGCUAAAUUAUUCAAAUGAAUCAUUGACUUCUGCUGUCUUCAUUAGUUUCAAAAACACAGAUUUCUUUACAACUUGUCCUAAAAAAUGCAAAUAAAAAAAGUACACAUACCUUAGGAACAGUAUUACAGGAAAUUUUGGCGGUUUUAAAACCUAGACUUUUCCAAACCACGGAAUACCUUGAACACGGUUAUCGUCCCAUGCCUAAUUAGAGAUGUACCGCAUUUUUGGCAACCGAAAAUUUAUUGGCCGAAAAUGUUAUGCCAUUUAAUGGACCCUCUAAUUUUUGUGGCUUCAGUCAUUGUUGGGGUCCUUUUAGAUCUGGAAGCAUUAAUAUCUUAUGUCAAAAUAUAUAUCGUUAUCAUUUAAUAUGGAAAAUAAUUAUCGAGAUUGCAUUUUUGCCAUAUCGCCCAGUCCUAGUUAUUAUUGAGUGUAGUUAUCAAAAUUAAUUAUGAAUCAAUUUUUUUAAGAGAAGUAGAUUUCUUUAAAUUAAUAAGACAUAAGACAAUCAGAAACAAAAAUAUAUACUAUAUUAAAUAUAUACUGUAGCAAAUAAAGAAUUUGCAAAUAAAUAAAUACUAAAUUCUAAAAUACAUUUUCAGGUUUAAAAGGAAACUAUUAUUGUUAUUAUCAGGGCUCAGCUGAUAAACGAUAUUAUAUCGAAUCGAAUUAUAACAAUGAUAAGCUCUGGACUUUUACUCUAUAUUGAUCUAAGAGCCAAUCACGCAGCAGAAAUGUGCAACAAUGGGAAUCUGAAAGUGUGUUGAUAUUAAAGAUGUACCGAAUUUUCGGCCACCAAAAAUUUAUCGGCUAAAAUAUUUUAUGCCAUGUAAUGGACCCUCUAAUUUUUGUGGCUUCAGUCAUUGUUGGGAUACUCUUUUAAAUCUGGAAGCAUUAACAACUUCUAUUGAAAUAUAUGUGGUGGUUAUAGUUCAAUAUGGAAAAUAAUUAUCGAGACUGCAUUUUUGCCAUAUCGCCCAGUCCUAAUUAUUAUUGAGUGUAGUUAUCAAAAUUAAUUAUGAAUCUAUUUUAUUUUUAAAGAUAAGUAGAUUUCUUUAAAUUAAUAAGACAUACGACAAUCAGAAAGAAAAAUAUGUAUUAUAUUAAAUAUAUUACAAGUAAAUAAUUUGUAAAUAAAUAAAUACUAAAUUCAAAAAUACAUUUUCAGAUUUAAAAGGAAACUAUUAUUGUUAUUAUCAGGGCUAAACCGAUAAACGAUAUUAUAUCGAAUCGCGAUAAAAUUUAUGUCAAUAACAAUGAUAAGCUCUGGACGUUUUUACUCUAUAUUGAUCUGAGAGCCAAUCACACAGCAGAAAUGUGCAACAAUGGGAAUCUAGAAGUGUGUUGAUAUUAGAGAUGUACCAAAUUUUUGGCCACCGAAAAUGUAUCAUCUGAAAAUAUGUUAUGCCAUUUAAUGGACCCACCCUCUAAUUUUUGUGGCCUCAGUCAUUGUUGGGGUACUCUUUUAAAUGUGGAAGCAUUAACAACUUCUAUCGAAAUAUUUAUAUCGUUAUCGUUUAAUAUGGAAAAUAAUUACCGAGAUUGCAUUUCUGGCACAUCGCCCAGUCCUAGUUAUUAUUGAAUGUAGUUAUCAAAAUUAAUUAUGAAUCAAAAAUUUUUUUUAAAGAUAAGUAAAUGUCUUUUAAUUAAUAAGACAAUCAGAAACAAAAAUAUAUACUAUAUUAAAUAUAUUGCAAAUAAAUAAUUUGUAAAUAAAUAAAUACUAAUAAUUCUAAAAUACAUUUUCAGGUUUAAAAGGAAACUAUUAUUAAAGAAAACCAGAAAAACCUCAUGACAGAUUAACGGGAGAAUUUUUGCGCUGCUUCUGAUUAUGUUUAUGAAACAUUGGCCUAUAUCCGAAAAGUCUGAAUCCAUUGGAAGCUUCCUUUAGCUUGACUUUUAGACGUUGUUUUCAUAGCCUCCUGUGUUUAAGAAUGCUUCCUCAGCUGUUGCUUACGGCCAGUUUCUCUCUUUGUGGCAAAUGCUUGAACUUCGUAAAACAAACAUUCCAUUAAUUACGACUUUAGUUAGCAUUAAACUAGUUCUUAUUAAUCAUUUGUUAGUCAAUAGAUUUGCUGUUAUUUUAUGGCCAUAAUCAUACGCCUAUAUGAAUGAAGUUUGCUUCAGGAAUGGGAUUAUAUCUCUUAGCAUUGAUUGCUUGCACUGAACUGUGUUAAAAUGUUUAACUCAUAGUGUGAUUUUAGGUUCCUCACAGAAUUUAUGAAGUCAUGCAGCAACGUAUUACUUUCGGUAAGAAUAAAGACACCGUUUAAUGGAUGAUAAAUCACAAUUUUAGUGACAAAAUUGCUGUUGGAGGAAACUAAACACGAGUUUUGCAUCGGUGCAUUACCUCUAAUAGAGCUAUAGAUAUCUAUUUACGUCAUCGUCUGCAAGGCUUAAAUUCUUGUGUAUUUAACCAGGUCACUUUAUUUACAUGUACAAAAAUAAAAUAUGACUAAAUGCUUGAAUAAUAACCGAGACAGAAAAGCUGGACUUUUUACAAAAGCAGCCAUUUGACAACACUGAGUUGUUAGCAUUGCCAUAGUGUGUUUUGUGGUGAGACGUCCUUACGAUAGAAUAUGUAUUUUGUCAGUGCUUUGUAUGAGUUGCUAUGCAAUUCCGAAUAGAUUAUACAUGUAUAUAAUCUGUCAAACAUUUUAAAAAUGUUCAGAUAUAAAAAGUCUAUGAAAUUUGUUUGUGAUAUGAAUCUAGAUGAUGCUUUAUUUAUAAGAGUAGAUGAGAAUUUUGUUAGAGGAAUAGUCAUACAUUUGCUCAUGGGGCUGGUUUGUUACUGUAUACUUGGAAAAUAAAAUGAAUAAAGAAAGUUUAAAACAAA